AUGUCUUCUCCUCGUGCUUCUUCUCCGGCCAACUCCCCAGCUGCUGCCAGCGGUGCCAACAUUGGCCGACCUUCAUCCCCUACACCUCCCGGUGGUCCUCGAACUGCCAUUCGGCGUCGCGCUGCUGCCGACCAAAAGGAGAAGAUUGCCAAUGCUCGACCUACAAGCACGAGAUCGGCGGGCGCCGGUGGCUCCAGCAGUACCAUGCUGAGUAUGCCGACCCAACCUUUGCCCCUGAUCACACAUCUGCCCAGGUUGAGGCCUUCGGCUGUAAUAGUUGGUGGUUGGAAACGAUGGAAGAGCAUGGCUGACCGAUUGUUUGCAGGGUUAUACACUGAUGAGUCUCCUGGCUUGAAGGUCGACCCCGUAAUUGUCCUUGUCCUAUCUCUUGUGUUCAUUUUCAGCGUUGUGGCUUUGCAUGUGAUUGCCAAGAUUACCCGACGAUUCUCGAGCUAA